UGACACCAACAUCAACUGGCACAGGUUGGAUAAGACAAGGUUCCAUGUCAUUGGAGCUAUUCUCUUUACUGCCCAAUCUGGUCUAUUGCACCCAACAGCUGUUGUAAAAACCCGAAUGCAAGUUGCUGAAGGUGGAUUGGCUCACAUGUCUGGCGUAUCAGUGUUCAGAAACAUAUUAAAGAAUGAUGGUAUUCGAGGAAUUUUUAGAGGCUUCGGUACCGGGGCAGUUGGGGCUUUACCUGGCAGGGUAUUGGCCCUCACAUCACUUGAAGUGUCAAAGGAAAUGGUAUUAGAGUCUACGCGGGAUGUGAAUAUGUCCGAGGCAAGUCGUCUUGCUAUGGCUAAUGGAGUGGCUGGCUUGCUGUCCAACUUGGUUUCUUGUGCAUACUUUGUGCCGUUGGAUGUGAUUUGUCAGAGACUAAUGGUUCAAGGUCUGCCUGGAGUGGCAAGAACUAAUGGACCAUUUGAUGUAGUACGAAAUAUACUCAGAACUGAAGGUUUUCGUGGUCUAUAUAGAGGCUUCGGGCUGACAAUUGUGACACAGUCGCCUGCAUCUGCACUUUGGUGGAGUGCUUAUAGUUCUGCUCAACAUGUUAUUUGGAGGAGUUUGGGCUAUGGAGUUGAUUCGGAAAAAAAGCCAUGUGAACUGGAGCUUGUCACGGUUCAGGCAGCAGCAGGGACAGCAGCGGGUGCUUGUUCAUCUAUUAUCACUACUCCAAUAGAUACAAUAAAGACACGACUUCAGGUUAUGGAUAAUUUUGGUGGGGGACGGCCAUCAGUGAUGAAGACCACAAAGCUGCUUCUGCAAGAAGAUGGUUGGACUGGAUUUUACCGAGGAUUUGGACCCAGGUUUCUUAACAUGUCACUCUGGGGAACCUCGAUGAUCGUAACUUACGAACUAAUAAAACGAUUGUCAGUAAAGAGAGAGUAAGUACUCUCUUUUUUUCCCCUCCCGUCGGAAGUUCAAGAAGCAUUUGGAAAAUUACUUUGAAGAGGGUGGGAGAUCUAGUUGAUAUACGGCUACAUUCUUUGAUGCCAUGGCUAACACGGUUUUGCUGAGAAUUUUGUUUUCUGUGAUGGAGAUUUUGUUAGUAUGGAGCCUAUAAGCCAUUGCAGAGAUUCAUCAGGGGGUCUCAUUCUUUCGAAAGUUUGUAAUUUUUAUCUCUUUCUACUUCUGUUAGCAGUUUGUAUCUCAGUGGUGAGGAUUUUCACCAAAUGAGCAGACGAUUAAUGUCCAUGGCUGGGUUGGAUGUAAAUAUUCUUGUAGGAGAGGUGUCUAUCAAUGUUUUUUUUUGGCGAGAUGGAGAUCUUGCAAAUAAAUACAGUUUUCCUUGUGGUUGCUA